AUGAGCGCAAUAUUCAAGGGUCUCUCCAAGGCCGCCGUGCUUUGUCUCGCCCUGCAGCUGGCCUCGCCAGUCACCGCAGACCCUAGGGCCUGCGAUGCGACGAACAAAAAGCUCGACCCCUCAUACUUCACCCUGAAGGAAUCCAACAACGCCUACCUGUCCGAUUUGGCGCAGGCCAUGGCAGCCUCCAGGGUCACCGUCUCCGAAGUCCUCGACUCGGCCAACCGCGACCUCGUCACCGGCCCCGUCCCGGGGAAUCCCGACGAGAUGUGGCUGUGGAAUGAGGGCGACUACGAGACGACGAAAUGGAUUCCCCAGGGCAUGUCCAGCUCCGGCGAUGCAUUGGCCGUGGGCACGUACGAGGGCCGCGACGUCUGGCUGGUGAGCUGGUACCAGGACGAAGGCGACGCCAACGUGCGGGUCAGCUUUAUCGACCGCGCGACACAUAAAUACCGCCAUGUUCUGCUGGUCGAGCCGAACGCGAAGGACAACUUCACGUCUGUUCCAAUCCAUGCCGGCGGCAUCGCCUGGUAUGGAAAUGCGCUGUACGUCGUGGACACGAGCAAGGGGCUGCGGGUGUUUGAUAUGGACAACCUCUGGGAGGUUGCCAUUGCCGAUGGCGUGGGCAAGAAUGACGCUGCCGGCGGAUAUUCGGCUAACAGCUAUCGUUAUGUACUGCCUCAAAUUCGGUCCUACAGCUGGCCGGCAUUGCAGCCAAACUCCGCUUUCCGCCACUCGUGGGUUGCGCUUGAUCGCGCCGACUCGCCGGACACGUUGCUGGUGGGUGAAUAUCAGACCACGGACGUGGACCUGCCCAUUCGCCUGGUCAAGUAUCCGCUCGACUAUACCACCCGCCGUCUGCGGAAUACGAACGGCGUGGCGACGGCGACAUGGGCGUACUGCGUGGACAUCCUGCGCAUGCAGGGUGGCUUUUCUCGCAACGACACAUUCUACCUUGGACGGAGCAAUGGCGAGAACAACGGUGGUGAUCUGUUCACUUGGACUCCUGGUGAACUGGCACAGGAAACCUCUUCCUGGUUCCCGCCUGGGAACGAAGAUAUGAGCUACAAUGAAGCCAAGGGGGAGUGGUAUACCGUCACGGAGCAUGUUGGGCAGAGAUAUAUCCUCUCGUACAAGCGUGAGAUCAACUAA